AUGUCGCCUACUACUCCAGCUAUAUCUGGGGUACUGCCUCAGAUUAUGCUGCUUCUAUCGAUAUCGAGCCAAACAGCUCAGAUGAAGAUAAAUCAAGCGUUUGCGCUUGAGUUGCUUGAGGGCUACUACUCGGCGCGCAAACUGGUGUCUCCUUUUCUCUUUGGGAAAGUAAUCACGGUGAUGGUUUCUCUAUCGGCAACAGAGGAGGCGGGGGGCAAGACUCUCGACCUGCCAAUAGAACUAGGUCCUCAUAGUGCUCUUGGUGGCUUUAUCGAGCAGAUUUUGUCUCACAGAGGGAUCAGCAAUACUUCAGAGCGUCGCCGACACGAGUCUGCAGACUGCAGCUUGCCUCUGAGGCUUUUGCUAAAGGUGUCUCUCUGGAAGUUUGAAAGAUUGAUAGUAAUUCUCAAUUGCAGCUUCUCGCCGACCUACCGCUAUAUCCCUGAUUCCACUCAAAAGUCUCCCGCUGUGACUCUCGCGUUGCAAAGGGACUUUGGGCACAGAUGUUUCCCACUCGAAGUCUCCUGGGAGCGUUAG